AAUAUUCCACCUUCAUCGAGUUGACAGGCUUGUGUUGUCGUGGUCUUCUCUCUCUUAGUCAAUAAUUUCUCUCUCUAGGGUUUCGGGGGUUUCGAAUUUGUAGUUGCAGGAAAGGAAGAAGAAGAAAAGAUGAUUGAGGUGGUGUUGAACGAUCGAUUGGGGAAGAAGGUUCGUGUGAAGUGCAACGACGACGACACCAUCGGCGACCUCAAGAAGCUCGUCGCAGCCCAGACCGGCACUCGCGCUGAUAAGAUCCGCAUCCAGAAGUGGUACAGCAUCUACAAGGACCACAUAACCCUCAAGGACUACGAAAUUCACGACGGCAUGGGCCUCGAACUCUACUAUGACUAAAUAAUAUCAAUCAGGUGUGAUAUAGUAUCGUGUGGAAUGGGCAUCUUGGAAGCAGGAGUAGGGUGAAGAUGUUUGAUGAAGGAAGAUCAGUGUCAAGUUCACUGCAGUUUCCUAGUAAUUUUCUCCUUUCCGUAAUCCAUGUAAUGCCUUGUUACUGAUGAAAUAGGACUUGCUUAUUAUAUAAGCAAAAGCUACUACUGACUUUAUUAUAUGCUUGUGGGGAUUUAUAUGAGUGGUAUGUGAAGUGCUUGUUCUUAAAA